CGCACGCGACACGCGCGAAUCGAUUCACGCGGAAAAUUCAACCUCGCCAUCGAAGCCGCUCGACGAGCGCGAAGAUGACUUCCAUGUAGACCCCCACGCCGUUUGAAGCGCGAACGCGUGAGCAUCGAUAUCCGACUUUUGAAAAGUUCGAAAAGUCGCGGGGACCUUGGACAAUUAGCACACGUAUAGACAGCACGCACGGACGAUCUCAGAAGAUGACGUCCGAGAACUAGGCCGAAUGACGACCCAGAGCGAAAACACAUUCGGAUUACCAGAAGACAACGAGCACCUCGCGGCGUUAGAGCAAGAGAAGGCGCGCCUGACGAACGCGGUGAAACACUUAGAGCGAUCGAACCAAGAGCUUCAGACCGCGCUCGACGAGUCCGGCCCGGAUAAGGAGUACGAAGACGCGGUGAAAGAGAACAAAGAGGUCGUCGCGAACUACCAGGCGGAGAUUUACAAGCUCGCCGUCGAGAUCGCUGGGAUCAAAGGCGACGUCGCGUCGGUCACGCCAAAGGAACCGCAGGCACCGCAAGGAAACGACAACACACCCCAGGACGAAGGCUCGUCCGAUUCGCUCCGCUCGACGGAGACGCGUCAGACGCCGGCGUCGCCCCGGUCGAAACGACGCGGGGACGACGCGGUCGUCCUCGGCGGCGCGUGCGCGAGCGCGACGACGAUCGCGGAGCACGCGCCGCGCGAGGCCACGACCGCGGGCGUGGAGGAUCUCAUAAGUAAGCUCCCGGACGUUUUGUUCCCGGGCGAAGACGAUGAAGCGUUGACGCCGUCGAACGUCGUCGCGGGAACCUCCCCCGGAAGCCUCAUCGCGCGGCGAAACUUGAGUCGCAGCGCCCCGGACGGCGCGCGCGGGCACGAUUUCGGCGGCCGGGCGUCCGCGUCGCCGCCCUCCGGCGGCGGCGCGUACCAACCCCCGAACCGUCGCUCGAGCGAGCGUUUCAGCCCCCCGAGCGGCGGCGGCGGCGCGCGAAGCAACGGGCUCCCCCCCAGCGGCGCGCGUCGAGGCAAGCACGCCGCGCCGCGGUUUGAAAAGCCGGUGAAGAAGAACCCCGCGCCCGGGUUCAACGGCGCCGGGUUCCGCGGCGCGCGCGAGGUGUACGUCUCGAAGCUGCACGACUUUCUGUGCGCGAAAGCGAUCGAGGGCGCGCCGUGGGUGAAGCUCCUCGGGAAGGACGGCGUCGAGACGCUGUGCGAGAAGCCGCUCACGGUGCCGGAGAAUUACGCCGAGUUCCUGCGCGACCACGCGUGGAUGUUCGAGCUCUCCCCGGACGGCCGGUACGUCGCCGCGAAAGUUCCGGGGGAGGAGCACGCGUGUAUCCCUCCGCCGCCGAGCGAUGGGUACUACUCCACGUCCCCGUCAGGGUCUGUCUGAAUGUACAUGUGCACGCAAACGGAAGCGGCUUCUCUGCGGAUGCGCGGAGUCGGAUUAGAACGUUCUUCCGGAAUAACGUAGAAGAUAUAGCCGCGUUGUUAAGGACACGAGACGUACGCAGCAAUAACGAAUACUCUCG